AUGCCUCCCAGUAUGCUGCCAUUCCUCUACCAAACGAGGACAAUUCAACAUGGCCUCCGCCGAGCAACAUUCGCGCGGGUGUCUCGAUUAGCUCACUCGUCGUCUCAGAGCAAGACAACCUAUUCAAUCCCCUUUGAAUGGGAAGAUGAUCCGCAGCAUGAUGAUUUCUCAGGGAAACCUUCUUCCCAACCGUCAACCAUUACUCCCUCAGAAGCCGACAUCUUCAAGGGCAUCUUCGAUGAGAUUUCGCAGGGGAGAAUGCCCGUUGCCAGCAAGAAGACGGCAUUCAGCACGACAUGGGAGCAAACCGCAUCCACAGCAGCUACCGGAGCCAGCCCAUUUGACACAAAAGCCAGGUCGAUUGUCGACCAAGCACGACUGACCGACUUUCGCGACAAGUUUCUGAGCCGCUACCCGUCGUCCCUGCGCAAUGCAGCGCAAGUAGCAUUGGGUCUGUUUGAGCUGCCGGCGACUGAAGAGGGGACCAGCACCUACAUGGAGCUCAAGGAAGCAGAUGCGGCCAACUGGGCCGAGAGAGCCAUGUACGAUCAAGCGCGGUCGGAGGAGAGACUGCGCGUCGAUCGUCUCAUGGAGAGCUGCACCACGGACGCCGAGCUCUGGAACUUGAUGGAGCGCGAAGUCUUUUCACUACCGGCACGGCUUGGCAUUGUACAAGAGACCGCGGUAUCCACGCAAAAGAAGGGAAAGAAGACAGGCGCCAAGGGAAAGGCGAAGGCAGCGGAAGACAAGCCGAUGGAGGAUCCUGCUGCUGUUUCCGAAUCCAAACCUGAUCGACGUCUGAUGGAUAUCCACGGGCGCUUGUACCCCCACUUCAUCUACCAUGGCCUGACGCUCUUGGACAACAAGUUCAAACGCUCGUCGCCAUACGCAUUCAAAAUCCUCCCGCGCGUCAAGGAAUUGGGUCUGCCAUCCUAUGUUCUCGGCGUGUCCACCUCGUUCUACUCUCGACUGGCAUCGCUCUACUGGACCAGAUUCGGCGACUCCAACGCGGCGCUGCGCGUGCUCCAAGAGAUGCUUUCGUCUGGACUCUAUGCGAAUGAAGAGUCGAUGGAGGUCGUGGCCAGUAUCCGUGACCAUCUCCAUGGUUGCACAUGGGGUGCGCAGGGCCCAUUUGUCAUGGCCAUGAUGGAAUCGUCUCCAUAUGAUGCGAGCCUGUCGCAGAGGCUUGAAAAUAUGCAGCGCUACAUCCGAACGUCUAUUGCACAAGAAAGGCAAGAUGGCGUAUGA